AUGCAAAAUGACAUUUGUGAAUUCCGAACAAUACCUUUGGGAUAUGAUGGAGAACAUGAAGCAAGACAUCAAUUAAGCCCAAAAUCUGCCAGUAAAAGUCGCUUAACAAUUGCAAUAGAAAAUGACCCUAAUGCUGAAUGUGGUGGAGGAGGCUUAGCUUCUCCCUUUGAAGCACCGGCACCUUUUAGCUUCAUUGAUACAAGUUUUUCGCCUUCAUACAAUGUAGAUACAAACACAACCAUAUCAAAUUUUGAUGAUUUUUUGUCUUGUACCCCUCUGGCAGUUCAAAAUCCACUAGUUUCGAGCACUCAAGGACCGGAAAGCAUAAAUGGACUUCGAGCACAAGUAAUGCUUAGUGAAGAGACUAAUACUACAACUACAAUAGAUUCUUCGUGCUCCGAUCCUCCUCAAAAUUAUGAAUACGAUAGGGCAAAUUAUAAUAGACGCUCAUUUUGUGGAAAUUUACUCCUCAAUCGGCAAAAUUCACGUGGACAAUUGGUAAAGAUCCAUACUGUCCAGAAAGAAUAUUCAAAAUUGUACUGGUUGGAGAUUCUGCUGUUGGGAAGACCUGUAUUUUGUUAUAACCGUUUCAAGCCAUUGUUUUGUGCGACUAUAGGGGUUGAUUUUACUGUCAAAACAAUGAGUAUAGAUGAUCGACUUGUAGCACUUCAAUUGUGGGAUACUGCAGGGCAGGAAAGAUUUCGUUCAAUCACUAAACAAUAUUUCCGUAAAGCAGAUGGUGUAAUUUUGAUGUAUGAUGUUACUUCCGAAACUUCAUUUGUAAAUGUUCGUAAUUGGAUUGAAUCGGUUCGCAAUGGUGUUGAUGAUGGAUGCAUUCUUUGUUUAGUAGGAAAUAAAGUGGAUUUGUACCCAAAUGAACAAUCCAGAACAAUAACUUUUGGGCACGGGAAGGACUUGGCUGAUGAAUUUGGCAUGAUGUUCUUCGAGACAAGUGCUUUUACAGGUCAAGGAAUCAAAGAAUGCAUGGAAACUAUAGCAACGAAACUUCAACAACGAGAGGAUGACCAUGUUCAAGAACUUAUCAAGUUAGAAGCUUUAAUGGCCUUUGGAAAACAAAGAUGGUGUUGUUUCUAA